AUGAGUAUCACAAUCCAUGUGAAAUCAGGUCAGAACAAAUGGGACGUUUCGAUAGAUCCAACGGGCUCAAUUGACGAUCUGAAAAAGGCCAUAGCUGGGCUUUCAGAAAUACCAGCCGAAAAUCAACGUUUGAUCUAUUCUGGCAAAAUCUUGAAAGAUGACCAGACUAUCGAGUCUUACAAGAUACAGGACGGCCAUGCAAUCCAUUUGGUAAAGUCCGGAGGCGUGAAAAAAAGCGGAAGCCCUGCCGCGGCUUCUAGUAGCGCAACUGGGUCGCAACAACAGGCUCCUGCCGGUGCUGCGGCACCGUCCACACUCUCCACGGGCCAAACGGGCGGUUUCAAUCCUUUGGCCGACCUCACUAGUGCCCGUUACGCCGGAUUUUUGAAUCUGCCAUCCGCAGAUUCAUUUGGCCCUGACGGGGGCAUGACAAGCGCUCCAAACUCUGACGAAGUGCUCAGAAUGCUGGAAAACCCAGUCAUGCAGUCACAGAUGAGCGAGAUGCUCAGCAACCCACAGAUGAUCGAUUUUCUCAUCCAGCAAAGUCCACAACUCCAAAGCAUGGGCCCCCAGGCAAGACAGCUUCUUCAAAGUCCCAUGUUCAGACAAAUGUUGACCAACCCAGAGAUGGUAAGACAAAGCAUGCAGAUGUCAAGCAUGUUUGGUGGUGGAGACCCUGCCGCAGAAGCUAAUCCUUUCCCAGCCCCAGGUUCCACAGACCAGAAUACGACCUCCAGCCAACCAGCAUCUGCAAAUCCACAAGAACAGCAGCCUCAAGCGCAGACAAGCCAGUCGAAUCCAUUGGCUAAUCCAUUUGCAUCGCUUUUGGGUGGCAUGCCACAGCCACCCGCAGCGGGAUCCACAUCCGGUUUCGAUGCAUCUGCCAAUCCAUUCCUGUCCCUACUAGGCGGUGCUGGUAAUAACGCUGGUGCCGGUGGCGCUACCCCUAACUUCGACCCUGCUCUUCUUUCCUCGCUUCUUGGUGGCGGUGGAUUUGGUGCCCCUGCCCAGACUCAGCAAGACUCAAGACCCCCCGAGGAACGUUACGAGCAGCAGCUUAGACAAUUGAACGACAUGGGAUUUUUCGAAUUCGAUAGAAACGUUGCUGCUCUCAGAAGAAGUGGUGGCUCAGUUCAAGGAGCCCUUGAUGCAUUGCUCAAUGGAGAUGUUUAG